GCCCGGUCCGAGAGCAGCGGCGGCGGCGGCGGCCGGAGGGACGAUGAGCGGUGCGGCGCGGGCGGGCCCGGCCCGGCUCGCCGCGCUCGCGCUGCUGACCUGCAGCCUGUGGCCGGCGCGGGCAGACAACGCGAGCCAGGAGUACUACACGGCGCUCAUCAACGUGACGGUGCAGGAGCCCGGCCGCGGCGCCCCGCUCACAUUCCGCAUCGACCGCGGGCGCUACGGGCUCGACUCGCCCAAGGCCGAGGUCCGCGGUCAGGUGCUGGCGCCGCUGCCCAUCCACGGAGUUGCUGAUCAUCUGGGCUGUGAUCCUCAAACACGGUUCUUUGUCCCUCCUAACAUCAAACAGUGGAUUGCCUUGCUGCAGAGGGGAAAUUGCACCUUUAAAGAGAAAAUAUCACGGGCUGCUUUCCACAAUGCAGUUGCUGUAGUCAUCUACAAUAAUAAAUCUAAAGAGGAGCCAGUCACCAUGACUCAUCCAGGCACUGGAGAUAUUAUUGCUGUCAUGAUUACAGAAUUGAGGGGUAAGGAUAUUUUGAAUUACCUGGAGAAAAACAUCUCUGUACAAAUGACAAUAGCGGUUGGAACUCGAAUGCCACCAAAGAACUUCAGCCGUGGCUCUCUAGUCUUCGUGUCAAUAUCCUUUAUUGUUUUGAUGAUUAUUUCUUCAGCAUGGCUUAUAUUCUACUUCAUUCAGAAGAUCAGGUACACAAAUGCCCGGGACAGGAACCAGCGUCGUCUUGGAGAUGCAGCCAAGAAAGCCAUCAGCAAAUUAACAACCAGAACAGUGAAAAAGGGUGAUAAGGAAACAGACCCAGACUUUGAUCAUUGUGCAGUCUGCAUAGAAAGCUAUAAACAGAAUGAUGUUGUCCGGAUUCUCCCCUGCAAGCAUGUUUUCCACAAAUCCUGCGUGGAUCCCUGGCUUAGUGAACAUUGUACUUGUCCUAUGUGCAAACUUAAUAUUUUGAAGGCCCUGGGAAUUGUGCCAAAUUUGCCAUGUACUGAUAACGUAGCAUUUGAUAUGGAAAGGCUCACCAGAACCCAAGCAGUUAACCGAAGAUCAGCCCUAGGUGACCUCGCCAGUGACAACUCCCUUGGCCUCGAGCCACUUCGAACUUCGGGGAUCUCGCCUCUUCCUCAGGAUGGGGAUCUCACUCCUAGAACAGGAGAGAUCAACAUCGCAGUAACAAAAGAAUGGUUUAUUAUUGCCAGUUUUGGCCUCCUCAGUGCUCUCACACUCUGCUACAUGAUCAUCAGAGCCACAGCUAGCUUGAAUGCUAAUGAGGUAGAAUGGUUUUGAAGAAGGAAAAGAAUGCUUUCUGACUGAUUGCCUUGAAGGAAAAAAGAACCUAUUUUUGUGCAUCAUUUACCAAUCAUGCCACACAAGCAUUUAUUUUUAGUACAUUUUAUUUUUUCAUAAAAUUGCUAAUGCCAAAGCUUUGUAUUAAAAUAAAUAAAUAAUAAAAUUAAAA